AGUGACUGUGACUCACAAAAGUCAGAAAAUACUCUUUAUAUUGAACGGUAGCUGUGAAUUGAACGGAAUAUGGGCGACACAGAAGUUUUAACGACGCUGAAACUUCUCAUCAUCGGUGAAAGCAGUGUGGGAAAAUCGAGUUUGUUGUUGAGAUUUACCGAUGAUACCUUUGACCCAGAGCAAGCUGCUACUAUAGGUGUGGACUUCAAAGUGAAAACUUUACAAGUUGAUGGGAACAGAGCCAAGCUAGCAAUCUGGGACACAGCUGGCCAGGAGAGAUUCCGAACUUUGACUCCAAGUUAUUACAGAGGAGCCCAAGGGGCCAUUCUGGUCUAUGAUGUGACAAACAAAGCAUCCUUCCAGAAACUUGAUGUGUGGUUAAAUGAACUGGAAACAUUCUCAACGAAGCAUGACAUGAUCAAGAUGUUGGUCGGGAACAAAAUAGAUCAGGAGAAUCGAGAAGUAAGCAAGGAAGAUGGUCUGAAGUUCGCGAGGAAACACCAUAUGCUCUUUAUAGAAGCGAGUGCGAAAACAAGAGAAGGGGUGCAGUGUGCCUUUGAGGAACUUGUGGAAAAGAUUAUCCAAACUCCGGGGCUGUGGGAGACAUCAAGCCGUGGAAUUGAUGUGUCACAGGGCGGACAGGUCGCAUCACCAUGUCAGGGAUACUGUUCUGUAAUCUGAUUGGCUGCUGGUGGUCACACGGUUUAUCAGUGGUUGUGUCCAAAUUUACGAGGUCUUUCAAAAUAAACUCCAGGACUGAGAAAUUAAUACGAGUGGAAAGUGGACAUGGAUUCUGUAAACUGAUUGUGUCUGCUGCGUUUCUCGGAUCUGAGACUAAGUGUAUCCUGUGUCGGGGAUCUGAUACAGUGUGACGUGUGAAAUUGAUGAAUGUUAAGAUGGACUGACACCCACAUCCAUUGUUGUUUUGGUAUAGGGGUACUAGAUAUAUAUACAUAAAGAUUUUUAAUUAGGAUUUUAAUACUAUAAACGGGUGAACUGAAAUUGAUUAAAUACUGUAGAUUCCUAAAUAUACGCGAGGAAUUUAUUAUCACACUCAAAAUAAAAUUACUCCCUUUUAUUUUCAUAUUACUGAAAUACAUGUACAUGCUAAAACUCUUGAUCAACACCACUCGUCCCUGAGGCUUUUCGCGAUAUUAAGUACUCGCAUAAAAUAAGGAAUCUACAGUCGUUGAGAUGGAUGAUGUAAGUGAAUGUUUAUGCCAGUUUUCCCUCUGUGAUUGCUUAUGUUAUUGUAAUGAUACACCAAACUCUGUUGUGAAAUGCUAAUCUAAGCAUUGUUCAGAAUUUUAUUUUAGAAAUAAUGGCAAACUUUGUAGAAAGAUCAGGAUUUGUUUUGUAUGGUUACAUGUUAUUUAUGAAUGUGUGUGGUAGGGAGGGUUUUAGGAUGUAUGUGUUAUUUAUAAAUGUGUGUGGUAGGGAGGGGUUUAGGAUAGACGUACGAGUUAUUUAUAAAUGCGUGUUUUUGAUGAAUGUUGACAUGUUUGCGUUUUGAUGUAUACGUGUGUGAGAGUCCAACUAAACUGUUCAAGGUGUGCAUUUUCAUUUGGAAGAGGAUUCUUCUUAUGAUCGAUGCUUCAUACGUACAGCAUAAUCUAAUACAGCAUAAAUCUGAUUCCAGGGAAAGUAUCUGUUGAGGCUUCUAGUGUAGUUGGAUAACAUUUAGAUGACAUGUAAAUGUAUAGUGUUAUUGUGAAGUACCAUACCUGUAGUGUUAUUGUUAAACUUGAGAUGAUUCAUGUAUACAUCAUUUAAUGCUGAUUGAAGGGUUUUAUAAUAAAUACUUAAUGCAU